AAAAAAAAUUAAAAAUGAUAUUUUAUAAUUCAUUUAGUUGAAAUUUCAAUGUAAUUUUAUAAAAUUAUUUUAUCCCACAAAAGAACAAAAUUUGUAUAAACAAUCAUAAAGUUACUGUAAUCUGCUUAUAUCUGCUCGACAUAUACAUCACUAAAAAUCUGUUGCAUGAUGAAAGGGGAAAGAUAAUGAAAAAAAUAUUAAUUCUGUGAAUAUAUUUUUUCGACAUAUUAUAAAUACUAAAAAAGGAUAAAAUUUUGAAAUCACUUAAUGCAAAAUGAAUAAUUCAGAUUUCUUCAUUAGCCCUUUUCAGACAGAUCAUUUUAUUUCAAUUUUUAGAUCAAUAAGUAUUUUAACUAAUAUUUUCUAUCAAGAAAAAUUAAUGACAGAAAAUGAUAAAUAUAAACCAAUUCCUGUUGUAAAUAGUCUCUGUGAAUAUUUAAAUAAAAAUAAUAAUAAUGAAAUGUCAACUAUUACUCUUGGUAAGAAAUUAUUAAAUAAUACUGAAUUUUAUGGAUCUAGAGAAAAUGAAACUAUUGAAUAUGAAUACGCGGAUGCAAUGUUUGACAAUAUUAUUGCAACUGUUGUAUUUUCAAAAUUUGGCAAUACAUUUGGUUAUUUAGCAGCAAUAGUGAAUUCAACAAAUAAUUUAACAUUAUCGUUUAUAAAAAGAAAAAUAAACAUCGAUCUUGUCGAACAAAAUUAUUUAAAUCAAGAUUACACAUUCUCCAAACUCAGCCAAUUGUCAGUGACGCGAAUAAUGGAGAAAUUGAUUUUUCCCCUAUUUCCUGAUGUGGGAGAAGAAAAAAGUGAAUUGAAAAUAGUUGAUGUUGAUUAUAUUUAUGCUCAAGCUGGUUUAAUGUUUGUUCGAAGUGCACAAGUAAAGGAAAAUAUUUCAUUUUAUGAAUAUAUAACAAUUUCACAAAGCAUUCAACAUGGAGUAUUUCUGAAUCAAUUAAAUCAAACUGCAUUGAAGAUUUUUCAACUUCCUGCACUUUUGUACUAUACAGACAAAAAUAGAGAUUUAGGAAGAAUUGAUAUUCUUUUGAGUGACAACGAAUUUUGGAAUAAAGUUUACAAUUAUCUUUUCUCCAAUUUAGAUGCAGUGAAACAAAAUAUUAGCGAUAUACAAAAAAGAAAUCCAGUUUAUAAUUUUGAGAAAGCACUAUUUGGUUAUAGAAAUCGUACAGAAUAUGCAGAGUACAUUAUUAGACGUAUGUGUCCAUUGGCUGAUGAAUCGGAAUACGAAACAGAAGUUGAAAAAUACAAAUACAAUAAUGAUGAUUACUAUUGCAAGACAGAUGGUUUUCAUAUGCCAGACAUUAAUAAAUUAUUUGCAGAUCAAAAUCAAUUUAUUGCCAAUCUUUAUUCUUACGUGGAGAAAAAAUAUCUCGAAGAAAUAUUUAGCGAUGAAUUAAUAAAAUUUAUCCAACAGAAAAAUGUGAUUAUACAUCCACUUGAAAUUAAAAGAAAAGGAAAAUGUGAUUUCAGAUGUCGUGCACUGACACCACAAUUGAGAAGUGACACUACUCUAUUUCAAAUUUCAGUUAAUGGUUCAGAUCCAUAUCUUUAUGCUCUGAUACAUACGGAUGAUACAAGGAGUUUACAUAACGCUGAAAGCAAUCAGGAUUUAUUUAUGGAGAAAAUAGGUUUACAUAAAAAGACAAAAUUCACUGUUUCAUCGUCUAAAGAACCGCUUAAAUAUCAUUAUGAAAAUUUUGACAAGCUGCUGACAAAUUUAGUUGAACCGAGAAGAUUGGAAUUUUAUAAUCAUUUACAUAAUUUGGGUUAUGAAUCAACGACAAAAGAAUCAAUUGUGGGAUUUUUGAAAUAUUUAAUUCCAUUUUACACGUGUUCUGAGGCAACAAAAAAAGAAACAGCUGUGAUUGCAGCUUGCGCCUGUAUUAUUGAUUCAUUGGUAUUAAUUCCAUUUUUUGGUCAAGUGGCUAGUACGGGAUUAAAAUUUUUCAAUGCAGCAUUAAGACCACUGUUGGCUAAUUUUUCUUCUGGUUUGAAAGCAUUUACAAUUGGUCAAUUUGUUGGUGUAACAUUAAGAAAUAUUGUUGGAGAAACUGCAAAAGCAUUUUCUAAAUUAGUUACAAAAGAAUUAUUCCGAGACAUUGGAGUAUCGAUUCUACGUACUUUAGAUCCAGGAAUUGAAUUAUCGUACACUUUAGGAAAAGCGGGAUUAACAUCAAUAAGUAAAUUUUUCAAUCUAAUUGGACAAAAAUUAUCAUUGAGUAAUGUGAUUAAAUCUUUAAAAAAAGUAAUAGAACCAUCAGUUACACGAGUUGGUGAUUUUUUGAAUCGUAAUGUUUAUGUUAAUACCUUUACAGGUAAAGAUGGUUAUGGUGUGAAAUAUUUUAAACUCAAUGAUAAGACAGUGGAAUUAAGACGUGUUUCUGGUUAUAAGAAUGAAGUACCAGUUGUUUUAGUUAGUAAAUCUGAUGAGAAAAAAAUUUACCAAUUAAUUGAUGUUGAUAGUGAAACAUUAAGAGCAACAAGAUGGGAAAUGGGUGCAGACGGUAUUUUACAGAUGGAAAUCAAACCAUUUGCAGUUCGUGUAAAAACAAUCCAAGUCGAAGGACUCAGCGGUAGAGGACGUCUAAUUAAUCCUAGAAUAAGAAUAAAAAUUCAAUUACAAAAAACAAGAGGAGAAAUUCUAAGCGAAUGGAAUAAUCGUUUAGAUGAAAAUCAAAUCACAAAUGUUUUGAACAAUUACGUUGUUGAAGAUCCAACAUUACGAACAUCUAUUUUCGAAUAUCUUGAAGCACACCAAGAAUUACCGGAGUGGAUUAAAUACUAUAAAUUAACAAAUGUUAAAAAUUAUGAAGUACUAAGAUUUAAUAGUUAUGUUGAGGAUAUUAUUUUAACUGAAGAAGAAGCAUUUGCUCGUGUUUCGGAAUUAUUUAAAAAAACCUAUAGAUCAGAAUUUAUUGAAAUUAAUCCCUACGAAAUGUAUGAAUUGUAUCGAAAAUUUCGUCUUCACAGUAUUUUGAAUUAUGAUGAUUUUUGUGCAAUCGGAAGUUACAUACGAAAUGGUCCUGAAAGAGCUCUAUUAGAAUCACCCGAAGGAUGGUUUAUUCAAAAUGCAUUUAAUAAAUUGGCUAUGAGAUUUAUUGAUUUUCCCGCAUAUGAUGCACCAAGAAUAUUUUAUAAAUCUGAACAAGUUAGUUCUGAUGUUUUUCAAACAUUAAAAAAAGGAGAAUAUAAACAAUUUAAUUUUCUAACGAAUUUAGAUUCUGAUUUAUCUCAUACUAUGAAUAAUAUUAGAAGAACAAUUAUUCCCACUAUUGAGACUGUUAAUUAUAAUAUUUUUUAUGAAAUUAUUGUCGAUAAUCCCUAUAUUAUUGUGGAUAUUGAAAAAUUAUUAUCUGAAAUUAAAAUAUCAGCAGUGGCACUACCUAACACUGAAUUUGUUAUUGAUGAUGUAAUUUAUUAUGCAUAUAUAGAAAAUACUAUUGUUUAUAAAGUAACUAUUAAAAAUACUCCAAUUAGUAAAUCAAAAUGGAUAGCAACUUUAAAUCAAAAUAUAGAAAUGUUGAAUGAACGUAUUAGUACUUAUAACUCUGUUAUAGAUGAUUUUGAUGUUAAUUUACUUAAUUAA